AUGUAUCACCGUCUUCCGUCGCUAAUGGAGCCGUUUCUUCGGAGAGUCUCAACGCGUUGGCCGGCCAUCGCUCAGGCUGCUACGUGGACAAUGCUCCUCACGUUCACUGUCGCCGUCGCUUCGUUCGCUCCGGAGAUGGCGUUUGUGUCGACGGUGUCGUCUUCUUGCGGCGGAGGAGAGGGUUUUGUGAAGCUUCCGAUGGAUUUUCCGGGGCAGACUGUGUGUGUGCCGUCUCGCAUGGUGAAGAGAUCGCGUUUCGAUUUGUUUUUGCCUUCGAUUUUCGCUGCGGUUAUGGUGACUGCGUCGGCUUGUUUGAUCCGGUCGUGUUGUGGGGCGGAGGAUAUGGAAGAUGAAGAUUGGUAG